AUGGCCAUGGAAGGAGAGGAACUCAUCUCGGACCAGGAAAAGGUCAGGAUUGUUUCGGAUUUCAUACUACAUUCACCUCCUGGCGAAUUUAAUGAAGUAUUCAAUGAUGUCCGAGGUUUAGUUAACAAUGAUGCACUUCUUAAAGAAGGAACGUGUUGGGCAUUUGCUUUAUACAAUAAAGAACAAACAUUACCUGUUAAGAUAGAAAACAGUGAAUAUCCGGUGCUUAUUACUCAAUUUAAUGAUCUAGGAUCUAGUAGAUUUUAUGAUCCUAGAUCUAAACAAUCAUUUAAGUUUGAUCAUUUAAGAAAAGAACCAUCAAACUAUGAGAAUUGGGAGCCAGAUUCAGAGACAGAAGCUUGGCGUUCAGUAUUUGAAACAGAAUUUACUUCAUAUACGUCAUUACAUUAUAAACACGGUACAUGCAGUGUAUUUGCAAAACAAGAAGGUUCUUCCACUGUUAUAACAGCUUGCAUUGAGGAUCAUGAAUUCCAAGCAAAAAAUUUUUGGAAUGGUCGUUGGAGGUCUCAGUGGACUCUUACUGUUGGACCAACUAAUAUAGAUGUUUUUGGAUUUUUACGAAUUCAUGUUCAUUAUUAUGAAAAUGGUAAUGUUCAACUUGUAGCAUCUAAAGAAAUAAAGGAAUCAAUUGCAUUAACAACUGAAGAGUUAGCUGUUAAAGAAGUUUUGAAAAUAGCAGAAGAUGCUGAAAAUGAGUACCAGAUAGCUAUUACAGAAAAUUAUCAAACUAUGUCAGAAACAACUUUUAAGGCACUCCGUCGUCAGUUACCAGUCACUAGAACAAAAAUUGAUUGGAAUAAAAUUGUUUCUUAUAGCAUUGCUAAAGAGUUUAAAACUCAAUGA